UAGAGGGCCAGAAUUAGGCCAGGAUAUCCUAUCCAAGAAAUAGGGGUAAACCCGUGGUUCCGAAGGGAUUUUCCCACAAAUAAGCAUCAUAAUCACAUCAACAAAUACAUUACUAUCACAAUCCUAACUAUUCAACACUUCUUUCUAUUAAGCUAUCUAGGGAGAGUCUUCUACUAUUAUCAGUAUGAAGCUCUUACAGUUCCUUGGACUUUGUUGCUUAUUUUGUAUUAAUUUUAUUUCAGCUGAUCCGCACAAUUUUUGUGCUUGUGGACUACGCCAUGGGAAAACUGCAGAAACAGAUGCCUACUGGAGAUUCGAUACAAAUGCUACAACCUACGCAUGUGAAAGCUACCGCCAUCGAGAUUCCGGAGACAAUCAAUGGGACAGAUGCCCUGACUGCCACAUGGACUGGCACGCUAUGGAUGCCCAUGUGGGAAUACCGUCGUGCUUUUCAUGGAAAUGGCAUAUGGGUGGCGACGAGUUUGACUACUACUGUGGCUUAAAUGGAUUUCAAGGCUAUUGUAAGGAUGCAAAAUAAAUAGUGUAAUAUUAAUACUCAAUUCUGUCAAAGCCUUUUUUAACUCUAAACAAGAUGUUGCUCUACUAGUUAGUAAGAAGCUAAAGCGGCGCAACAUAUACACCAAGCUACCUAGUAAGAUAGACAACUUCCUAGACAUAG